AAUGAGGGAGGAAACGGAAGUUCCUUAUUUUAGGGAUUCCGCUUUUUUUGGAAUUUCUGAUAUGAGCGCUAAAAAGGAUAAACAAAAAACUUCCUACUUUCUCACGAAAAUCACGAGAUCUCUUUUAGAAUUAAAAUGCCCAUUCAUUGAAGAUUUUACAGAGAGUUGGGUUGGAGAGCUUUUAUUAUCGCCCAAUGAAGUGAGAUUUAGGAUUUUAAAGUGGCUUUUUGAAACUCUUGAUCCAUCUUUAUCAUUAAUACUUGACUCUGAGAAAAACUUUGGAAACUUUUCAAAUGAAAAAAUUCGAAAUUUACUAUUUGUCUCUACACUAUUGGGUUUAUGCAAAAGGGAAGAUAUCGAUUUAAUUACAGGAAGUUGUCCACCAGCAAAACAGCUCUUAUUUUUUAGGAAGCUAAUAAAAUAUGUCGAAAUAAAAGAAAAGUAUGACAGAGAUUUUCUUGUGGAUAUUGGAGAUAGAUUACAUCCCUCAUUGGCUGAUCAGUAUGAAGAAAAUUGUAAAUUUAUCGAUGUGUUAUCAAGAGGAGAAAAUUUUGAUGAUUUAUUUGCUCCUGAUGUGCAUAUUGUGCCGAUAUCUAUCGAAAAAUCCAUACAUAAUAGGUGGAAACAGCAAGGUUAUAACAUCAAUGAUCCGGCCAUUCCAGACUUAACACAGCUCGAUAAGAGUUUAAAUAAUUGUGACAUUGUUAGUAGAUAUCUUGUAUCUCAUAAUAGAGAGGAGAACAAGCAACCAGAGAUAAAUAUCGAUCAAAUAAACAUUGAAAGGGGAACCAAUGAAGACAGAGAGAGACUUUUGAAACAGCUAGAAAUUGAAAUUAAUGAAGUUUCUCAACAAAUAAGCAUGUUCUCUCAAACUUUUGAUAGUGAUAUAUUUCCAUGGUGUGGUCGUAACGAAUCAGAUGUAGGUGACUUCAACUAUAAAAUUGGAUCAGUUGUGAAAAGAGUGAAUAAUAAAUUAGAAUAUGUCUCAGAAAUUGUAUCUAAUUUGAGGACAACCGUUGAAUAUCAUAAACAAUUAAAAACAAUACGACCAGAGGCGUUAGAUUACAAAAAAGCUAAUCAUCAAUUACUACUUGAUACUGAUUUAUUGACACUUAAAAACGGCUGUAACAGAGGCGAUUUUUCUGAAACAAAACGAUUGUUAUCUGUUAAUGAAAUAGGAGGAAUCUAG